AACCUCAUUCCCUGCUCUCCAGCCGCCCCAGCCAGACGCCAUGAGCUACGGCUUCUCCAGCGCCAUCUUCCCAGGCUGCUACUGGGGCAGCUACGGCUACCCCCUGGGCUACAGUGUGGGCUGUGGCUACGGUAGCACCUACUCCCCCGUGGGCUACGGCUUCGGCUACGGCUACAACGGCUCCGGGGCCUUCGGUUACCGCAGAUUCUGGCCAUAUGCUCUCUACUGAUUUGCUGAAAUACCGGAGGCAUGAAAUCUCCCCCAAACCCGACAGGCGCACUUCCAGGCCCUCCCGGCUGGCUGCUUUCCACAACAGCACCAGAGUCUCAAGGGAAGAAGAAAAACCACUUGCCUCCAGCUGCCUUCCCUGCAUGAUGUUUGUUGGGACAUUUUUGGAAACUUGACACCCAAACAUGCUUUACUUUUGAAUUUUUCACCAUGCGCAUGACUCUUGUCAUUAUCAAGUUGUGGAUGGGUCUGUCAGAUUCUCAAUAAACUUGUCUCAACCGCCAUUAUA